CUUCCUGCAACUGAAGUGUGUUUUAGAGAUCAUGAUCCUAUAAAAUAAUAAGAAGCCUUUCAGCAGGUAAUGGCUGAAUUACCAGCUCCUGGACUGCAAUUGAAGACCCUAGAGCAGAGAAAACACAAAGGCCAGAACCUGUAUUAUCAGAUCUACUUAUGGAAGGUUCAACAGCUGCCUGCGGAUGUGCACAGAUUUUGCGAUCCACAGCUACCAGGGACCCGCAGAAAGGAGCUGCUGCACUCGCUAAGGAGCCUGGAGGAGGAUUCCAGCUGCCAACGCCUGCAAAUACUCUUCUCUUUCUCCGUGCCCAGCCCAGAGGUGCUAGACCUGCUGUGUGCCCUGCGCCUGCCUCUGGUGUCUGCAGGAGCUGGCAAUGGAUACUGGGAGUUUUUACUGCAGAAUCGUGGAGUUGAUGUUGUUGCUUUUGACCAGAACAACACUUUCCCACCAGAAAUGCAUUACACAGAGAUUAUGAGUGCAGGCCCUGAAAUACUCCAACAGUUCUCUGACAGGGCUUUAUUCUUGGCUUGGCCUGACUCUGAUGAGUCUUCACACUUUUCUCUGGAUUGUCUGGCCUACUUCAGGGGUCACACCCUCUUCCAUGUUGGUGAGCUUCUUGGGGAAACAAUGUCUUCCAAUCCCUGGGGUCAGUCAACCUCACGUGACUUCCAGAUGGCUCUGGCAGAGGACUUCUGCUGUGUGAAGCGAACAAGACUUCCCAGCUGGCCUGGCCACGUAGACUCUUUUAGUAUAUGGAAGAGAAAGUGCUCUCAGCCGGUUCUAUGUGACGGUGCUCAUUUCCAGUACGUGGAAACACAGAUACAAACAGACUAAUGAUUCAAGUGUUUCAGAUCAUGCAGUUCUCCGCAGUCUGUUCAAAAAUGCACUUAAUUCUCACCUCAACCUUGGAUCCUUUUCUGCUCCAAAGGGAAAUAAGCACUUUAAUUUAUAAUUGUAACUAAGUCAACAUGUUUUUUUUUUUUUGUAUGGUGCUUCAGAGUAUAAUGUUGGCAGCAGCCCUAGUGACUAUUUUUCAGCACUUAGCCAUCUUUGACACAAACACGAGUUAAAGAAACAGUAACACUCAAGCAGGUUUGGUUUUUGUUCCUAUGACCUGAAGCAGUUUGUAUUUGUGCUUUGGGCUUUUGUACAAAGAGAUCAGUUAAACUUGACAAGGAAAAUCAUAAUGCUGUAUAACUAUUAUGUGAGUACUUGUGUUUGCUAAAACAAUGUAAAAUAUAUUGAACAUAUACUUCUGUACUUCUUUACAAAUACUGUAUUUUACUGCUGCUAUUUAAACGUAUCUCUGUUGUGAGUACAACUAAAUCAGUCAGAAUGGAAACUAAAUGAAUUAUUUACCUGAUGCUAAACAGAGUGAUUCUGAAAUCUUGACCUGUUUGUGUACCCAGAGGACUGCAGAUAAAAAAACACUUUCUCAGAUGCUUCAACCUUUUUUGGCAGUUAAAAGCACAGUUAAAUGAAUACAAGUGCUUAGUGAUUUUUCCUGUAAAUGAAAUUCUCAGUAAUGCAUUCCCUGACUGCAGGUCUGGGCUGAUUAAUAUUUGGUAUUCUACAUGAUUAGACUGCGCAUGCGCGCGCACACACAGCUCUAAUCCUAAUGAUAGCAAUGAGCAAGCGCAGAGAAAUCUCUUGCAGACUGUUUUCCUUCUCAGUGUUUGAGAUGAAAUCGAAGAGCUUCAAUAAGAACCUAAAAUCUUAUUUUGUUUUGCUUUUUUUUUUUAAAAAAAAGAGAAAAUAGAUUUUAUUAAUAUUUUAUAAUGAAAUAUUUGUUGACAGAUCAUUGUUUUAAAGACAUUGAUGUGCUGGUGAUGUUUUCAUUUUUUUUUUUUUUUUGUACCUAUAAAUUGUUUUCAAUGAA